AUGGCAACCCUUCGAGUCGACGAAAUUAAUAAAAUUCUCCGCGAACGUAUUGAACAAUAUAAUAGGAAAGUAGGGAUUGAGAAUAUCGGUCGCGUAGUUCAAGUGGGGGAUGGGAUUGCUCGUAUUAUAGGUCUUGGUGAAAUAAUGUCAGGUGAAUUAGUCGAAUUUGCGGAAGGGACGAGAGGUAUUGCUCUGAAUUUGGAAUCCAAAAAUGUUGGAAUUGUAUUAAUGGGCGAUGGGUUGAUGAUACAAGAGGGAAGUUUUGUAAAAGCAACAGGAAGAAUUGCUCAGAUACCCGUGAGCGAGGCUUACUUGGGUCGUGUUAUAAAUGCUCUCGCUAAACCUAUUGAUGGGAGAGGCGAAAUUGUCGCUUCGGAAUCUCGCUUAAUUGAAUCUCCUGCUCCGGGUAUAAUUUCUAGGCGUUCCGUAUAUGAACCCCUUCAAACAGGGCUUAUUGCUAUCGAUUCGAUGAUCCCCAUAGGGCGCGGUCAGCGAGAGUUAAUUAUUGGGGACAGACAGACUGGCAAAACAGCAGUAGCCACAGAUACAAUUCUCAAUCAAAAAGGGCAAGAUGUAAUAUGUGUUUAUGUAGCUAUCGGUCAAAGAGCAUCCUCCGUGGCUCAAGUAGUAACUACUUUCCACGAAGAGGGGGCCAUGGAAUACACUAUUGUAGUAGCUGAAAUGGCGGAUUCACCCGCUACAUUACAAUAUCUCGCUCCUUAUACGGGAGCAGCCCUGGCUGAGUAUUUUAUGUACCGCGAACGGCAUACUUUAAUAAUUUAUGAUGAUCUCUCCAAACAGGCACAAGCUUAUCGCCAAAUGUCCCUUCUAUUAAGAAGACCCCCCGGCCGCGAAGCUUAUCCAGGGGAUGUUUUUUAUUUGCAUUCACGCCUUUUAGAAAGAGCCGCUAAAUUAAAUUCUCUUUUAGGCGAAGGGAGUAUGACCGCUUUACCAAUAGUGGAGACUCAAUCUGGAGACGUUUCCGCCUAUAUUCCUACUAAUGUAAUCUCAAUUACAGAUGGACAAAUAUUCUUAUCCGCGGAUCUAUUCAAUGCCGGAAUUCGACCUGCUAUUAAUGUGGGUAUUUCUGUUUCCAGAGUAGGAUCCGCAGCUCAAAUUAAAGCCAUGAAACAAGUAGCUGGCAAAUCAAAAUUGGAAUUAGCUCAAUUCGCGGAGUUACAAGCCUUUGCACAAUUCGCCUCUGCUCUCGAUAAAACAAGUCAGAAUCAAUUGGCAAGGGGUCGACGAUUACGGGAAUUGCUUAAACAAUCCCAAUCAAACCCUCUCCCAGUGGAAGAGCAAGUAGCUACCAUUUAUACCGGAACGAGAGGAUAUCUUGAUUCGUUAGAAAUUGAACAGGUAAAGAAAUUUCUGGAUGAGUUACGUAAACACCUAAAAGAUACUAAACCUCAAUUCCAAGAAAUUAUAUCUUCUAGCAAGACAUUCACCGAGCAAGCAGAAACCCUUUUGAAGGAAGCUAUUCAGGAACAGCUUGAACGGUUUUCCCUUCAGGAACAAACAUAA